AUGUUCCAGGCCGCCGGAGCCGCCGCCCAGGCCACCCCCUCCCAUGAAGCCAAGGGUGGCGGUUCCAGCAGCACGGUUCAGCGCUCCAAGUCCUUCAGCCUUCGGGCUCAGGUGAAGGAGACCUGCGCCUCCUGCCAGAAGACCGUGUACCCCAUGGAGCGACUGGUGGCCGACAAGCUCAUUUUCCACAGCUCUUGCUUCUGCUGCAAGCACUGUCACACCAAGCUCAGCCUGGGCAGCUACGCAGCACUGCAUGGGGAAUUCUACUGCAAGCCCCACUUUCAGCAGCUGUUUAAGAGCAAAGGCAACUACGACGAAGGCUUCGGCCGGAAGCAGCACAAGGAGCUCUGGGCCCACAAGGAGGUGGACCCCGGCACCAAGACAGCCUGA